UGCAUCCCUCCUUCCUCUCCUUUCUCUCUCCAUCUCAACACCUUCCUCACUCUACAAAGGCACAAGAGAUCACGCCUGAAACUCAACCCAUCUCCAUCUCCAUCUCCAUCUCCGUCUCCGUCUCUUCUUCUGAGUUCUAAUCUCUCUUCCACUGCGUCACCAUCCCCAGUUUCGCACAUUUCAAACUCUUUCCUUCAGUCUUUGAGAUGGGUGAGCAGGAAAAUUGCGUCCGCACCACCCGCGCAUCCAAGAAGCGGUCAUACUCCUCAGUGGCCGGAGCUGCUCAGGCCCUGCAGCAACUUCCGAAAACGAAGAAACGAGUUGUCCUUGGUGACCUUACCAACACGCCCAGCGCCGAGUUGACUCAGAACUUCUCUGAUUCCAAAACCCAGAAGCUUAACCACAAGCCGAAGAAGAAGAAGAUUCUAAAACCUCAGAAGACUGAGACCGUUGUGAGCUUGGACGAUCCUAAGAACUGCGCGUAUGCGUCUUCUAUCUAUGACCAUCUUCACUCCUUGGAGAUCGAGGAGAAUAGGAGGCCAUUGGCCAAUUACAUGGAGAAGGUUCAGAAUGAUGUGACGGCAAAUAUGCGGGAAAUUUUAGUGGACUGGUUAGUGGAGGUUGCAGAGGAAUACAAGCUUGUUUCAGACACUCUUUAUCUUACUGUAUCAUACAUUGAUAGAUACCUAUCAUCAAAUGCUCUCAACAGGAGCAAGCUACAGCUUCUGGGUGUUUCUAGUAUGCUUGUUGCAUCGAAGUAUGAAGAAAUUAGUCCUCCACAUGUAGAAGAUUUUUGCUAUAUAACUGAUAAUACUUACACCAAGGAGGAGGUGGUGACCAUGGAGAGAGACGUUCUUAAGUUUUUUAACUUUGAGAUGGGUAGUCCCACAACAAAAACUUUUCUGAGGAGUUUCACACGAGUUGCUCAAGAGAAUUGCAAAUCAGCUGAUCUACCGUUUGAGUUCCUGGGUUGUUAUCUUGCUGAGUUAAGUUUGUUAGAUUAUGGUUGUUUGCGGUUCCUACCAUCAAUGAUUGCAGCCUCUGCCAUAUUUCUUUCAAGAUUCACUAUCCAACCACAUGCGCAUCCUUGGAGCUUGGCUUUGCAACACUAUUCAGGUUACACACCAUCUGAUUUGAAGGAGUGCAUCCUUGCCAUUCAUGACUUGCAAUUGAGUAGAAAGGGUGCCUUACGAGCAGUAAGAGAUAAAUACAAGCAACACAAGUUUAAGUGCGUGGCAGUGUGGUCUUCACCCUCAGAGAUUCCUACGAGUUAUUUCAAGGCUGUUAACAAAUAAGUAUGCGAGAGAUUCUCAAAGCCAACUUUGGAGUUUCAACAGUUCUUGAAGAAUGUUCCAACUAACUUCUUGCUUGAACUUUUCUGCUUUAUUGGAGAGAUUUUACCUAAUAAAAUUGCUGGCAAAGGGCUUCUGGGGUUGAGAGGUGUCAGGCGUUCAAUUCUACAAGUGUUUUGUUGUUUUUACAACUAGCAUCAAUUUGUAGAGGCAGCUGACAGACAUGUUUCUCACUUGUUAUCCAGUUUUCGCUUGUUACAUCUAUCAUUAUGUUUGAAACAAUUUUGUAAGUGAUGUUGCCUUAAGAGCAGUGUCAGUCCAAAUGAACAAGCGAUUUCCAUGUACCUGUAAAUUGAUAGUUUCAAAUAAAGGAUUGUACUUGUCUGUA